AUGGCCUCCACUGCGAUCACAAUACCAACUAGCACAGUCGCCCCCACAAGCACAGUCACCACAAGCAGUGUCGCCUCCACUGCGGUCGCAACAAAACGCAGGAGGUCAGAGACUGGAGAUGCAACACCGCCACCCGCAAAAAUCGAAGAUACCAACCAACUGGCACAGUCGCCCCCACAAGCACAGUCACCACAAGUAGUAUGGCCUCCACUGCGAUCACAAUACCAACUAGCACAGUCGCCCCCACAAGCACAGUCACCACAAGCAGUGUGGCCUCCACUGCGGUCGCAAGAAAACGCAGGAGGUCAGAGACUGGAGAUGCAACACCGCCACCCGCAAAAGUGCGGCGAACAAGAUCUAUGGGACCGCCAGUCUCCUGCUUGGAAUCACCAAGAUCGAAGAUACCAACUGGCACAGUCGCCCCCACAAGCACAGUCACCACAAGUAGUAAGGCCUCCACUGCGAUCACAAUACCAACUAGCACAGUCGCCCCCACAAGCACAGUCACCACAAGCAGUGUGGCCUCCACUGCGGUCGCAACAAAACGCAGGAGGUCAGAGACUGGAGAUGCAACACCGCCACCCGCAAAAGUGCGGCGAACAAGAUCUAUGGGACCGCCAGUCUCCUGCUUGGAAUCACCAAGAUCGAAGAUACCAACCAACUGGCACAGUCGCCCCCACAAGCACAGUCACCACAAGUAGUAAGGCCUCCACUGCGAUCACAAUACCAACUAGCACAGUCGCCCCCACAAGCACAGUCACCACAAGCAGUGUGGCCUCCACUGCGGUCGCAAGAAAACGCAGGAGGUCAGAGACUGGAGAUGCAACACCGCCACCCGCAAAAGUGCGGCGAACAAGAUCUAUGGGACCGCCAGUCUCCUGCUUGGAAUCACCAAGAUCGAAGAUACCAACUGGCACAGUCGCCCCCACAAGCACAGUCACCACAAGUAGUAAGGCCUCCACUGCGAUCACAAUACCAACUAGCACAGUCGCCCCCACAAGCACAGUCACCACAAGCAGUGUGGCCUCCACUGCGGUCGCAAGAAAACGCAGGAGGUCAGAGACUGGAGAUGCAACACCGCCACCGGCAAAAGUAAGGAAAAUGGGACCGCCAGUCUCCUGCAUGGAAUCACCAAGAUCGAAGAUACCAACUGGCACAGUCGCCCCCACAAGCACAGUCACCACAAGCAGUGUGGCCUCCACUGCGGUCGCAAGAAAACGCAGGAGGUCAGAGACUGGAGAUGCAACACCGCCACCGGCAAAAGUAAGGAAAAUGGGACCGCCAGUCUCCUGCAUGGAAUCACCAAGAUCGAAGAUACCAACUGGCACAGUCGCCCCCACAAGCACAGUCACCACAAGCAGUGUGGCCUCCACUGCGGUCGCAACAAAACGCAGGAGGUCAGAGACUAGAGAUGCAACACCGCCACCCGCAAAAGUGCGGCGAACAAGAUCUAUGGGACCGCCAGUCUCCUGCUUGGAAUCACCAAGAUCGAAGAUACCAACUGGCACAGUCGCCCCCACAAGCACAGUCACCACAAGUAGUAAGGCCUCCACUGCGAUCACAAUACCAACUAGCACAGUCGCCCCCACAAGCACAGUCACCACAAGCAGUGUGGCCUCCACUGCGGUCGCAAGAAAACGCAGGAGGUCAGAGACUGGAGAUGCAACACCGCCACCGGCAAAAGUAAGGAAAAUGGGACCGCCAGUCUCCUGCAUGGAAUCACCAAGAUCGAAGAUACCAACUGGCACAGUCGCCCCCACAAGCACAGUCACCACAAGCAGUGUGGCCUCCACUGCGGUCGCAAGAAAACGCAGGAGGUCAGAGACUGGAGAUGCAACACCGCCACCGGCAAAAGUAAGGAAAAUGGGACCGCCAGUCUCCUGCAUGGAAUCACCAAGAUCGAAGAUACCAACUGGCACAGUCGCCCCCACAAGCACAGUCACCACAAGCAGUGUGGCCUCCACUGCGGUCGCAACAAAACGCAGGAGGUCAGAGACUGGAGAUGCAACACCGCCACCCGCAAAAGUGCGGCGAACAAGAUCUAUGGGACCGCCAGUCUCCUGCUUGGAAUCACCAAGAUCGAAGAUACCAACUGGCACAGUCGCCCCCACAAGCACAGUCACCACAAGUAGUAUGGCCUCCACUGCGAUCACAAUACCAACUAGCACAGUCGCCCCCACAAGCACAGUCACCACAAGCAGUGUGGCCUCCACUGCGGUCGCAACAAAACGCAGGAGGUCAGAGACUGGAGAUGCAACACCGCCACCCGCAAAAGUGCGGCGAACAAGAUCUAUGGGACCGCCAGUCUCCUGCUUGGAAUCACCAAGAUCGAAGAUACCAACUGGCACAGUCGCCCCCACAAGCACAGUCACCACAAGUAGUAAGGCCUCCACUGCGAUCACAAUACCAACUAGCACAGUCGCCCCCACAAGCACAGUCACCACAAGCAGUGUGGCCUCCACUGCGGUCGCAAGAAAGCGCAGGAGGCCAGAGACUGCGGAUGCAACACCGCCACCGGCAAAAAUAAGGAAAAUGGGACCGCCAGUCUCCUGCUGGGAAUCACCAAGAUCGAAGAUACCAACUGGCACAGUCGCCCCCACAAGCACAGUCACCACAAGUAGUGUGGCCUCCACUGCGGUCACAAGAAAGCGCAGGAGGCCAGAAACUGCGGAUGCAACACCGCCACCGGCAAAAGUAAGGAAAAUGGGACCGCCAGUCUCCUGCUUGGAAUCACCAAGAUCGAAGAUACCAACUGGCACAGUCGCCCCCACAAGCACGGUCACCACAAGCAGUGUGGCCUCCACUGCGGUCGCAAGAAAACGCAGGAGGUCAGAGAGUGGAGAUGCAACACCGCCACCCGCAAAAUAUAGUGUAACGAGAGAGUGCCCUACGCCACUGCCUUUUUCUGGAACAGACCCGAAGCGUCCAGGCAAAGCUAGAACGAUCAAGUGCCUUCUAGAGAGAGAUGCCAGUAGUUUUUAA